GCGCAGUCUGCAUGGCUAGUCAGCCACAUAGGCAUUUGCCGACGCUAUAGUCGGAUCCGACGCGUUGUACACGGCAAGUCGGUAAUGUAAAUAGGGCCUCGCGUGUCAUUAAAUUCAGGAUAAUUCACACUCGCCAAAUUGUCGUCUCAUCCAACAAUGUGCCGCGAUCGGAAAACUCGCUCUUCUCGAACGUGAUCGUUUUGAAUUGAUAAGUUUUUUCUGAAGAUAAAAAUAACAAUAUGGAAAGGACGACUGCAGCGGAUCCAGGAGUACAAAAAAUUACUACUGCUUCGCGACUCAUCUAAACGUAAAAUCGAGUUUCGUUUGUUAAAGUUAUUACCUCGUAUGUUGUUGCGCGCAUUUUUACACGAUGGUUUCAUUGACCAGAAUUCUACUUUUUGCUACGUACUGCGUGAUCGUCAACAGCACUGCAGCCUCACGAGUUCUGGAACUCAGUGACAGGUUCUUAGAUAUUCAUAAAGAAGGACAAUGGCUUGUUAUGAUGUAUGCACCAUGGUGUGCACAUUGCAAAAGAUUAGAACCAAUUUGGGCUCAUGUAGCUCAAUAUCUCCAUUCAUCCUCUAUCAGAGUUGGCCGAAUAGAUUGCACUAGAUUUACAAGUGUAGCUCAUUCGUUCAAAAUCAAAGGAUUUCCAACAAUACUAUUCUUAAAGGGAGAUCAACAGUUUGUUUAUAAUGGUGAUCGAACAAGAGAUGAAAUUGUUAAAUUUGCUACAAGACUGAGUGGGCCACCAGUUCAAGAAGUAACUAGGACAACAAGUUUUAAUACAUUAAAAAAAGAUAGAGACUUGUAUUUUUUGUAUGUCGGAGAGAAAUCUGGAACGUUAUGGGAUUCAUACAACAAUAUAGCUACUGUAUUCCAGCCUCAUGCAUUUUUUUAUCACUCGCAUCCAGUUGUUGUAGAAAAACAUGCUCCGAUUGAAAAGACUCCUGCACUUUUUGUAUAUAAAGAAAACCUGCACUAUAAUUUUACAGAUCACCACACAAUAACUGACAAAGACAAAUUAAAUGAAACUUUGUAUAAAUGGGUUAAUGCUGAGCGUUUUCCAACAUUCCCUAAAGUAACUCGUGGAAAUAUUCAUCAACUGUAUUUGACAAAUAAAAAUCUAGUCCUUGCGGUAGUAGAAGAAAACCAAUUGGAAGAAGUUCCACCAGACAUGUUGGAAUUCAAAGAGAUGGUUGAAUCUGUGAUUAAAAAGAAAAGACAAAAAUAUCACGAUCAUUUCCAAUUUGGCUGGAUAACCAACCAUGACCUAGUCAAUAGUAUAGCAAUGAUGGUUGUGCCACUACCAAGUUUAAUUGUAAUCAAUUCCACGACCAGUCAUCACUAUAUUCCAGAUGAUGAGCCAGAAAAACUGACUCCACAUGUGAUUGAACUGUUUUUAGAAAAUAUUCAGAAUGAAAGUGCACCGAAAUAUGGCGGAAACAGUUGGAUAGUGAGAAUAUACAGAUCAUGGUUUGAAGUCAGAUCUGCUCUCGCAUCAAUGUGGAAAGGCAAUCCAGUUUUAACAAUAGUCUUGUUUGGUCUUCCUGCUAUAUUUUUAUUGAUGAUCUGUUAUCAUAUAUGGUGUCCAGACAUAUUUGAUGCAGAUGAAGAGGAAGAAGAAACUAAAGGAUCAAGUCAUAUAAAGAAAGACUAAAGAAAUCUUUUCAUGAACAAAGAAACUGGUUAGUUGUUAAAUUGCAUUUCAUGAUUCCAAUAAGCUGUGAGGAUAUAUUUCUGUUAAUUUAUUAAGUGAAGAAGAUUGUGCAAAUGUGUUAUGUCGUGUAUUUUGGAAGCGUACUUAUCGUUAUUGAAUAAAAUUAAUAACAAGAUUUUACUGAAUUUGUAUAAAAGAUGAAUAUUGUAUAUUUGACUUUAA